AUGUAUGAAGGUAUCAAGAAAGCCAUCAGCCCAACCCAGAGCAAGAUAGCUCUACUCAAAUCCAGAACAGGGGAAGUUAUCAAGGAUGAAAGAGACCAGCAGGAGAGAUGGGUGGAACAUUAUUCUGAACUCUAUGCUAAAAAGAAAAACAUCUCAGACAAUACACUAGACACUGUAGAGCAUCUACCUGUCGUGGAGGAGUCGGAUGCACUGCCAACUGCUGAAGGUCUGAGCAGAGCCAUUGAUGGCUUGCCCACUGGAAAAACACUUGGCUUGGAUGGCAGCUCACCAGAGAAAAUCAGAUGUGCAAGUAGAGUUCUACUUAGCAACUUGCUAAAGUUACUGUGUCAGUACUGGGAGGAUGGAUCAGUGCUGCAAGACAUGAGAGACUGCAACAUUGUUACCCUAUAUAAGAACAAAGGAGACAAAAGCGACUGCAAUAACUACUGA